UUGGUUUUGGACUAUGACGAUAAAAUAUGCUUUAAAAAUUUCAAAUUUAUAGGAUGAAAAUAAGUGUGAAUUUUGGAUCAAUGAGCUUGAUAGUACCUUGUGGAGAUGGUCAAAUAACUAUUUCUCAGUUAAUUGAAAAAUCAAUUCAAAAAUAUCAAAAGCUAUCAUUCAUUCAUCCGAACAAAAUAAACGGUUUGGCGCCUCAAAAUGGGAAGCGGCCGGAGAUCGAAAGUUUGACGGAUGCGGAUGGCGCACUUUUCGACCUGGACGAUAUGGUGCUCGACGUCAUGGAUGACAACGAUCAUGUAUUCGUCACAUUCACAACCCAACCGGAAACUCGAGAUUCAUCUUCCAAAAUUACGGCCAAUCAAAAUGAAGGUAGUAGUGCGAACGUCGUCAAAAACACUUUCAACAAAAACAACCCAUUUUUCAGCGAGUUUUUUGACGAAAGUUCGUCGUCCACUUUUUCCUCCUUCUCCUCCUCCUUCCGGUCCGCCACCAAUGAUCAAUCGCUGCGUCCAAAAAUCGAUCAUCAAUCAAUAAUUCAGAUACCAAUAAUCGACAAUCAACCGAUUAAUGGGGCCCUCCUCCCCCAUCCCGUAACCAAUCAUGUUGAUGCAAACCGAAUCGACAAUCGAUCAAUAAUUCGCGUGGCGACUCCUCUUCCAAUAAUUAACAAUAACGCCGAUCAUCAUAUUGACAGGAAAUCGAUAAUGGACAAUCAAACUCUUUUUGACGACGACCUCGAUUACCUGUAUUCCCAGGUGGUGAAAAGGAAGUCCCCCCUCGCCAUGAAUCACGUGGAACAAGGUGAAACAGCAAGCUUCCUAUUACCCCAAAAAGUAGGUGAAACACCUGAUUCAUUAUACCCCAGAAUCGAGGGGAAGGGAGCGGAGGACGAAGCGGAGAUGAUAUACGCGUUCCCUAGUUACGUGUCCGAAAUUGAGAUCAAAGACGACACAGACACCCUUUCCUCUUCCACUAAUAAAGAAUUGUACCUACGAAGGAAUAGCGACCCGUUUGCAGAUUACACUAUAAUAUCUUCGCAUCCUUCCACUCUUAAAACCCAAACUCCGACUAUGGGAAAACGUUCGUCCUCUACGUUUAUAUUGAGCGCUCGCCGUUCCUCCAGACAUUUCCAUCCGAAUUUCUACGAAAAUUUAUUCGACCUUUGUUCGAAUAAUGGAGGAAGCGUCUAUCAAAAUUCGUCUUACGAUAAUCUCUCAUUGAACAACCAAUGCGAAUAUUACCAAAACGAUCCUCUGACAGUGACGAUCCAAAAUACCGACACUCGAAGCAACGGUGGCCGCCAUCUCGGAAUCCACGUGAUCCCUCCCCCAUCCUUUCGCACUAAGGUCGGAAUAGGAGGCGGCGGCGGUGGUGGUCUUAUGAUACACAAAAUAGAAAAUGGCGGGCUAGUGUAUAGAGAUGAAAUCCCGAUAAAAAUCGGUGACGUCAUAUCCGCUAUCAAUGGCGCUUCUCUCGAGGGGAAAAGCUUUAAAGAGUGCCUGGGAAUUUUUAAGGAAGGAAUAUCUUCAGGACAAAUCACGCUCGAAUAUCGAAGACGCGAACGUAGAAUUCUGUCGCCGGAUAUCGUGGAUUCAAAAUAUUCCACUAAUGCGGAGGACCAUUGUACGGGAACACUCACUUGCCCCCCUUACAAGAAUGACGACAUCAAAGAAAUACCAUUAGAAGACGACCCUAAGGCGGAAGUGAACCAAGACAAGAGGAGCCAUAAAAAUGGUAGCCAAAUGUCAUUGCUCGCUUUCAGGAUCCCCUUAUUCCAUCAAUCCCCUCUCAAUGGCAACACACAAUUCUUCAACUCCUUGGGAGUCAGCGUUAAAGGUAAGACGGCCAUUUUGCGACAGCAACAAAGUAAAAAUCCUGAAACAAAAAAUCAUAAAAUCGGCGGAAACGACGAAGGCAAAUUAUUGCAAGAGCGAGAUUUAGGGAUUUUUGUCAAAUCGGUCAUUCUAAACGGAGCAGCUUAUUAUGACAAUCGACUGAAGGCGGAAGACCGAAUAGUUUCGGUUAACGGCGAAGGUCUGAUCGGAUUGAGUAAUGUAGAGGCUAUGCACAGACUUACGGCCACCAUGAAAAUGGCCGCUCAUCACGAAUCAUUCCCGGAUGCACCUCCCAUAAAAUACCGAAUGGUCGAUGUGCGCGUGUUCAGGAAGACGGGAGUGGAUGUUAAUUGUCUCAAACGUGAGGAUCCCGCCGAUGUCAAAGCAUUAACUCCUCCAGAUAUAAAUGGCGAAAACGAUUCUAAAGACAACGAUUCUUCCGACGAAACAGCCGUAAAUCAUACCGCUUCCACCAAUCAAAAGCUCAGGAGGACGAAGUUGUGCAACGAAAGUUUUCGGGCCGCCAUUGAUCUCAAUUUUGACAUCAACAAAUUUCGAGCGUGCCAAGAAGGUAAAGCCAGUUCGCUCCCCAUCGCCGACAAAAUACCUAAUCCCGCCGAUUCGAUAUUCUCGUCCAACGUCAAGGAUAAACGUUUCGAACUAAAAAACGCACAAAUUAACAGUCCCUUAUGGCCUACUACCAAUAGGCCUACGCUUCCAUCCAUAUACACGGGGUUAAGAGGCGACAAAUGGAGGAGCGAAACGCGAAUAAAUAAAACGAAUAUCGUCAAAAAAUCUAACUCCAAGUUUUCCUUUAAAAGUAUCGGGUCCGUUCUCAAAAAAAUAAAAGUGGAUAACAACGCGGACAAAAAAUGUGGCGAAUCGGAAAGAAGCAAAAAUUCCAUCUUAUUUAUCCGGAAAAAGGCCCUAGCCCAUUCCAUCGAAUCGGUUCAUUUCGACGAUAAAAUUUUCCCAGGAACCAAAUCGUAUCCCGUAUCUACCGAAUCUCGACUUCGCGACGAUAUCUCUAAAACCAAUAAUAACGGAAAUUUAAUGUGCGAAAGAAAACGCCGCCCUUACAGUUCUUACUAUCCGAAGGAGCUGAAUCUCGACAACAUAAAUUUGUCCAAUCAAAACGAUAAGAGGCCCCCCAAUGUCGAAAAAUUUCGCGAAAAUAUGUACGAAAAUAUUGUGCCAGCAGAGAAAAUUAGCUAAAUUUAUUUUUUCUCCUCAAUCGUAUUACUAUUGUCCACAUUCUAUUUAAUUUUCCGAUGGCAAUUUUAAAACUAUAAAAUGGAAUGAGAUUCUUUUGGUCAGCAACUGUUCAACUCUUAUAAAUUAUAUAUAUAUUUUUUUAAAUGAGCUCAAAAUCAUUAUUUUUAUUUAUUCUGAAACAUAUUUUAUAUCCCCAAGGAAUCAAUGUUUUACUCUCGAAUUUUUUUUUAAAAAUAAAUUUUAUUUAUCUUUAGCCAAAAAA